GGAUUCUCCACACUCCAACGGUCACCAUUUUCCCUCUUCUAUUUAUUUCAUUUCUCAUCCCACCAUUUCUCUACCAUCAACCUUCUCCAUAUCUCUCUAAAUCCAUUUCUCUCUUCAAUGGCCUUCUCUAAAACUCUCUCACUUUCUCUCUACAUUUUCUUCCCAUGUUUUCUCUCUCUCUCUCAAGCUUAUACUUUCUACGUCGGUGGAAAAGAUGGUUGGGUUCUCAAUCCCUCUGAGAGCUACGACAAUUGGGCUAAUCGAAACAGGUUUAGAGUCAAUGACGUUCUAGUGUUCAAUUAUGCAAGAGGGUCGGAUUCUGUGGCGGUGGUUGGUAAAGAGGAUUAUGAUAAAUGUGAUUUGAAUAAUCCAAUAGUGAAAUUGGAAGAUGGGAAUUCGAAGUUCAAAUUUGAUCGUUCGGGAGCUUUUUAUUUUGCUAGCGGGAAACAGGGGAUGUGUGAAAAUGGCCAGAAAUUGGCGGUGGUUGUUAUCUCUCAGCACUCUUUUUCUCUGUCCUCCAAACUGGCCUCCACGCCGCCAGAGAUUUCACCUACUUCGCCACUGUCGUUGUCAGAGACACUCGGUUCGCCUAUGCCCUCGUCAGAGAUGCUCGGUUCGCCAAUGCCCUCGUCAGAGAUGCUCGGUUCCCCAAUGCCCUCGUCAGAGAUGCUCGGUUCCCCAAUGCCCUCGUCAGAGACACUCGGCUCGCCAAUGCCCUCGUCAGAGACACUCGGUUCGCCAAUGCCCUCGUCAGAGACACUCAGUUCGUCAUUACCAUCAUCAGAGACACUCAGUUCUCCAUUGCCAUUGUCAGAGACGCUCGAUCAGGACCCGACCCCAUCCGAUGCCACGGGACAGGCGACGAAUCCUACCCCGUCCGAUCAGACAGGAGAAAUGACGGAUUCGACCCCGUCCGAUCCAACGGGGGAGUCGACGGAUCCGACCCCCUCCGAUCAGACUGGGGAGCCGACGACGUCUCUAUCGUUCGAGGCGUCCGGUUCAGAGUCGCCGAUGUCUGACACACAGGGUUCAGAGGCACAAUCGUCCGAGACAACUGAUUCUUAUUAUGGAGAAAGCUCUUCGUCAGGCUCAUACAGUUCUUCGUCUCCUUAUGAUAUGUCGUCGGGGGCAGAACCCUCUACUUUGACACCAAUCUCUCCAUCGGCAUCACCCUCUUCGGCACCAGCGGAGGGAGGAGAGCCACCAGCGGAGGGAGGAGAGCCACCAGCGGAGGGAGGAGAGCCACCAGCGGAGGAGGGAGGAGAGCCACCAGCGGAGGAGGGAGGAGAGCCACCAGCGGAGGAGGGAGGAGAGCCACCAGCGGAAGAGGAAGGAGAGCCACCAGCAGAGGAGGGAGGAGAGCCACCAGCAGAGGAGGGAUCAGAAGAGCCACCAGCAGAGGAGGGAUCAGAAGAGCCACCAGCAGAGGAGGGAUCAGAAGAGCCACCAGCAGAGGAGGGAUCAGAAGAGCCACCAGCGGAGGAGGGAUCAGAAGAGCCACCAGCAGAGGAGGGAUCAGAAGAGCCACCAGCAGAGGAGGGAUCAGAAGAGCCACCAGCGGACGAGGGAGGAGAGGACUCGUUGGCCAUAGCUUUAUCUCCGUCAAUAAAUUUGUUGGGUUUCAUUACAGGUUUAUUAAGCAUGGUCAUCAAUGGCAGAAUGAUUAUGAACUUCAUUUAAACCACAAGAAGAAGACGGAAGAAGAUAAGUCUCAUUAUUAUUAUGAUUGUUGUUGCUGCUGCUACUACUUAGGGUUUGUGAAAAGAUUUCUCCAAUAAUAUGGCUUUUUUAUUUUUAA